GCGCUUAGUGAUGUCCUCCUUAUCGCCGAAUCCCAUGCUAUAGCCAUCGCCUCCACGAUACAUAUUGCCAACGGAAUGUCCCUCGAGCUGAAGAAGUUAUCGCGGCAAAUCAAGCACCAACAGCUACUUAGAUAAGUUCCGGUGCCCGGCGAAAAUCACUGUAUCGGAUCCAACGCAACACAGCACUGUGCGUCCCGCCCCUCCCCUCCGAAACAUAAUAUCGUCCUACCCCCCUCCAUCCAGGCAGUCCGUUCGACUGUCGUCAUAUGGAGUAGUACUGUUCUCGAUGCAGUGGCUAUGGAUACCUCACCACAGCAAGUUAUCGGCCUGAAGCUGUCGUCUUCUGUUCUAUCCUCUACCUGCGUCUUUUUCCGCUUCUUUAUCCUCUACCGCUACCACCCGCCCACGAUCCGCGUUACGAUCUGCCAUGUUCUUCUUUUCUUCACGUGCUUGUUCGACUGGACUGCUUGCGGACUCUCCGUGUGGACCCUGCGACAAGAGAUCAAUGACCCGGUUACCUUCGCCGCCUGGGGCUUCGGCGUCUCGGUCCGUAAAGCCACCUUCGGGAGUGCACUGAGUUACAACUUCGCGCUCGCCACGGUCAAGUUCGCCUGGCUCGUCUACUUCUCGGAGCUACUAGUGGGCCUACACACGCGCAAGCGCUGGCUGCUGCACCUCGCCGUAGUGAUCUGGAUCCUCUCCAGCGCAUCGACGAUACUACUGCAGCUCCUAUGGUGUCGCCCGCUCAGCGACAACUGGCGUCUCCACAACCAUGACUGUCCCGCGCACACCAACCACAUAGUAUUCGUCGUCACGUCGAGUGUCAACAUCGUCUGCGACGUCGCAAUCAUCUCGGUUCCCCUAGCCGUAAUCGGCUCGCUGAAAUUCCGGCGGACACGAUUACAGCUCACGGGGCUACUGUUCGUCUUCUGCGUCGGCGCGCUCUCCCUCGUGGCGACGACCGUGCGCCUGGCCGUUGUCCAGCUGGGCAUCCUGCCUGGCGGGGGCGUGCCGUGGAGCAUCAUCCGGUGGGCGAUGAUGUGGUCGCACAUCGAGGUGUUCGCGGCGAUCCUGGCGUUCACGCUUCCGAGCUUGGGGUGGGCGCUGGGGCGCGUCAGGGCCGAGAUGCGACGGUUGUGGGCGUCGCCGCUGCCGGCGGAACAUGCAGGUGGGCCGACUCAGCUAGCGGGAAGGAGGAGUAACAGUGCCGUCUUGGGAUCCUUGGCGGCUGCGGGCGAGGUCUGGGUCAGCUCGGAGACGGAUCUGGUUGCUGGUGGUGGAGGUGGCAGGGCUCCCCCUCGCCACCAGAAGGAGGAGUUUAUAUGUUUGGAGGCGAGGAUGGAGGAAGGCGGGAGAACGUCUCGCCAGCAGAAGGGAGAGUUUAUUUGUUUGGAGUCGAGGACGGAGGAAGAUAGCGAUUCGGGGGAUGAUGAUGGGGAUGCGGAUGGUGGUGGUCGGAAGUGAAGCCGGUGAUGGGAGGGGAAAAUUAUCAUGGCCUCGCUCGGCAUCGGUCUCGAUGGUCGGAGAGCUCAGCUCGGCCAGUUCAGUCUUCUGGCAGCACAUAUCUUGGGCAGCUUUUCAUGGUUUCCCAUGAUCCCUAGGAAAGCUAUUAGAUGCGUUGGCUGUCGGUCCGUGACUUUAU